UGUGUGUGUGUGUGUGUGUGUGUGUGUGUGUGUGUGUGUGAGCUCGGUGAUACACUGACAGCUGAACGAUACGAUGUAACAGGGACCUCUCCGAGAGCAGUCCGCGUGGAUUAUGUGUUGAUUUGAUGAGGACGCUCGCGAUGUCUCUACACGAGUGUUUCGCACGGGAGUGAUCGUCUCGCGGAUCGCAGAGCCCGUGUUUCAUCCCGUCGUCCGCGGCUGUUACGCCCAUCAUCUGCGGCGGGGCUCCGUCGAUCAGUAACCGCUUGUUGAUCCGCACACAGCGGGACUCAUGGGGAACAGCACAUCAUGCUGCGUGUCGUCCAGCCCGAAGCUCCGGCGGAACGCGCACUCGAGGCUGGAGCCGUACCGGCCCGAACCGGAGCUGAGCCGAGAGGACACGGGCUGCAACCUGCAGCACAUCAGCGACAGAGAGAACAUAGACGAGCUCAACAUGGAGUACAAUCCUGCGGACCACCCGCGUGCCAGCACCAUAUUUCUCAGCAAGUCUCAAACAGAAGUCCGGGAAAAACGAAAAAGUCUGUACGUCAACCAUUUAACACACAUUGCGGAGUCAAAGCAACAUCCGUCUGGUCCAAUGAGACGCAAGUACAGCUCCUGUUCGACAAUCUUCCUGGACGACAGCACCGUCAGCCAACCCAACCUCAAAUACACCAUUAAAUGUGUUGCCCUCGCAAUAUACUACCACAUAAGGAACAGAAAUGCGGACGGGCGGAUGCUGUUAGACAUUUUUGAUGAAAAACUUCAUCCACUUUCAAAAUUGGAGAUGCCGUCAGACUAUGACAAGCACGACCCAGAACAGAAACAGAUCUACAAAUUCGUCCGUACACUCUUCAGUGCCGCCCAGCUCACGGCUGAGUGUGCCAUAGUUACUCUGGUGUAUCUGGAGAGAUUAUUAACAUAUGCAGAGAUUGACAUCUGUCCUGCUAACUGGAAGAGGAUUGUUUUGGGUGCCAUCCUGUUGGCGUCAAAAGUGUGGGAUGAUCAGGCCGUAUGGAAUGUUGACUACUGCCAGAUCCUCAAAGACAUCACCGUGGAAGACAUGAAUGAGUUGGAGCGACAGUUUCUGGAGCUGCUGCAGUUCAAUAUUAAUGUUCCAUCAAGCGUGUAUGCCAAGUACUAUUUUGACUUGCGUUCACUUUCUGAGGCGAACAACCUCAGCUUUCCCCUGGAGCCUCUCAGCAGAGACAAGGCCCAGAAGCUCGAGGCGAUCUCCAGGCUUUGUGACGACAAAUAUAAAGACUUGAGAAAAGCAGCCAAGAAGCGCUCAGUGAGCGCAGAUAACCUGAAAGUGGUCAGAUGGUCGCCGGCCAUCAUAUCCUAAUAAUGGUGGACAUUGGGGACUUUCACGAGAGACUGAGAGAAAGAGACUGUCAGAAGAAGCGUUCUCUGAGAGGACAUAUGUGCUUAGUACCUCCACGAGACUCUUGAGCCAGAGCGUGUCAGAAGAGAGUUCUUGCUGGUCGUACUGCUGCUGUAUAUACAAGACACCCACUCAAAGAUCACUUUCCAACCUGUGGCUUAGAGGAAGGAGAGGAGGACACUGCUACUGCAGUUCAGAAAAACUGGAGGAUGCGAAUGAAAGGAUAUAAACGAGGGAGAAAGACACCCAAUGACUGGAACAGCAUUCCAACAGCUCUGUGUUUUACAUGUUUGCCAUUCUAGGUGAGGAAGUAUUCGUACUGUGUUUAUUGAUCUUGUAUGGUUAGAAAAAAUUCCACCUGGACGCUCAAGGAUGUGUUGUAUCAAGAUCAAGAGCCAAAAUCAACUAUAUUCCCUAGAUAUUCCUCCAUUCCUUAAAGUAUUUCUCUCCAAAUGGCUGUGAGCUGAUUAAACUAUAAAAUUACCACUGUUCUUACAAACUGUUAUUUAAUAGUUUAGCUCAUUAAGAUUUAUUUUAAAUUAAAAGAAAUUCUUAAUGACGGUUUAUUGAUCUAAAAUUAGUCUAACAAUGCAAAUGAAUGGGAAAAUAUACAAUUUGGACCUCUCGGUUUAGUCGGAUUAUUUUAUUGUGUCGUUUUUUUUGUUUUGUUUUUAAUACUCGAUGAAGGCAGUUUGCACCAUUUAGUCUUAUUAUCUAAGAGUAAUGGAAGUUGACUUUGUAUUUCCAAAAGGAAUGUGGUGUGGAGGGUUUCCAUAUGAAGUCCCUGGGACUUUCCCUUUGAAACACAAUAUUCGAUAAGCCUUGAAAGAGUUAGUUUCAACUGAAAAUGUACAAUGCCGAAAUGGACUGAAAUUGGAAGUUUUAAUACUGAAAUCAGAGGGUUUUCUUCUGCAGAGCCAACAGUGACAUUCCAUCAUCAAGGACUAUGAAUGUGUAUAACCUUCAUAUUCUUGUCGCCAUUUUUUUUUUUAUAACCUCAACAAAUGCCAGAUAUACACAUGCUGUGUCACUCAUUUCCAAUUCUCAAAGCAAUACACUGUGCUCUAUUCCAUACAAUACCUGCUGGGAAAAUUGAAGUGAAUAUUUGAAAGGCUCCUAUAGCGAACAUUCAGAUGACAUUGAGUCCAAUUUUUUUUGUUGCAAUUGGUGUCUUGAAGUCAAAACACAGAGGUGAGGCUCUUAGUGCCACUGUGAUACAGUGUUUUGCAUUGUUUUAUUUCUCAAUUACAAUGCAUCAAACCAGAGACUGAAUUGAAUUGGUGAGGAAGAGGAAUUCCUGCUGUAUCCACUGCCAUCACCUGCGGUGCCUGCAUUUAGCGGGAAAAUGGCCUUAGAUGUAGAAGAGUGAUGGGCGAACUGGGCCCUUCCAGGCCACGUUCCUGCAGAGAUUUGAUCCAACCCUGAUACGACUCACCUGCCUGUAGCCUUCUAGUAGUCCUGAAG